CUGACUCUCACUGACGUCCCCACCACUGUCUCCCCCCACCCACCGCUCUCUGCCUUGUUACCUCUGCUUUUCCCAUAAUUAUACAUCAGCGGUCAUCAACCAAAACACUCUGAACCAUUUCCACAUCAGUUCUUUUCCCUUUUCGAUGUCUCUGCAAAUCUGCAACUCUCUGCUCCCUGCUCCAACCUCCUCACUCUUCACGAUCUCUGUCUCGCGAAUUUAUGGCACUACCCGCACAACAGUCCGUCCCUUCCUUUGAUCACCAGCAUGCGUACGACCGAGAAUUAGCAACCUAGAAGCUUUCCAAUUCCAUCUGAUUUCGUGCCUCGCAUGGUUCUCCUGCAGAGCUCCCUUCUCCUCCUCCUCCUCCCAUCUUGACUGUCGGGUUCUUGGUGUUUCACAUGGUGAAAAGUUGAACCAUCCUCUCGGAUUCUUGGUGUCAGUACAACUGGCUCGGCAUGCUGUUACCCUUACUCAACUAAAACUUCAGCAUCACAUUGUCAUUGGCCUUAAAGUUACACAGCUCAGUAAUGAAACCGACCAUUGAUCUGGAACUGGAGGCCGUCUCGGAAAAUGACUCUGAGAUUAGCAGCCAAGUCGCCUCCAAUCUAUCCAAUCAAGAGCCCUCCAAGGGUCCCUCCAACGACAACCUCGCUAACUCUUUUCAUCUCAUCAGCCCUUCAGCUGUCGGAUCAGGUUCCAAAACUGUAUUCCUAGACUUAAGCCUCGGUUGCAGCAACGACGAGUCCAGCGGGAGGGAUUCGGCGGGAGUUGCCUUCUCGAGCACCAGCGACUGUAGCAAUGAGCCCGAAUCUCAUCCGGCAGCUGCAGGACCAACCACUCCUAGAGUCUUUUCUUGCAAUUACUGUCAAAGGAAGUUUUUCAGCUCACAGGCACUCGGCGGCCAUCAGAACGCUCACAAGAGAGAGAGGACCCUGGCAAAGCAGGCCAUGAGGAUGGGAAUGUUUACUUCACAGAGAUAUUCCAGCUUGGCGUCUUUGCCUUUGCACGGGCCCCCCAAUUUCAGGGAUCUGGGGAUCAAAGUUCAUUCCUCCACGCACCAGGUGCACCAAGGCAUGUUGCAACCGACAAGACCACAUGAUCUGAGCAGCGGUCCGAGAUUCGGAGACGGCUUUCUAGGUGUCCCGAUCUUCAUAGAAGAUGACGAUGUUGAGCUGUUGUGGCCUGGCAGCUUCCGUCAGGGGGCACAAGCACGCGCUCCUCAACCGAGUUUUGUGCUAACUGGAGGUUCUAACAUAAGCUUUGUCGGGGUGAAUCCACCAUCUGAUGCAGGCAAUUCAGCACCUGACUUGGCACUGAAACUCUAAAAGAGGUUAAUCUUCAGUUAAGUCUCAUGUAUGCUUAACCCAAAAUUGCACUUCUGCUUUCUUUUGGUAUAUUCCCAAUUGUUCUUUCCAGUUCCUUCCCUGUAAGUGCUCACUCCGGUACCAAGUCUAGAGAAUUUGUAGUUUUUCUAGGGCUAAAAUUGCAACUCUCCUGCUUGAUGUACUGCAUAUCAUGCUCCGAUUGCUUGUGAUGCUUGUUGCUUUA